GGGCCCCAGCGCUCUCCGGGGGGGCCAGGCCGCCGCAUGAGGAGAAGAACUCGGCCUGCGGCCGCCUCGGCGCCCCGGCUGGGCCGCAGCAGCGGCAAAUGGCGCCUGCGUGUGUUGCAGUGGAGCAUCCGCGCCCCUACGCUGUUUCCAGCCAAACGUUUCCAAGAGCUGGGGUGGACGGAGUCCAUACCUUAUCUUGACAGGCCUCCCUCCCCGCUGGAGUUUUAUCGAGAAUGGGUGAGUCCGAAUAAACCUUGUAUAAUUCGGAAUGCCAUCAGCCACUGGCCAGCUCUGAAGAAAUGGACCUCAGCAUAUCUCAGGGAGGUAGUAGGUCCCAAGGUAGUGAGUGUGGCAGUAACACCAAAUGGUUAUGCAGAUGCGGUGUUUCAGGACCGUUUUGUCAUGCCAGAGGAGCGCCAAAUGCCUUUCAUGGACUUUUUGGACAUUGUGGAGAAGAAAGUGACCUCUCCCAACGUGUUCUACGUGCAGAAGCAGUGUUCAAACCUCACCGAGGAGUUCCCUGAACUUGUCUGUGAUGUGCAGCCGGACAUACCAUGGAUGAGUGAGGCACUUGGGAAGAAGCCCGAUGCUGUGAAUUUCUGGCUUGGCGAAUCAGCUGCUGUGACGUCUUUACAUAAAGAUCAUUAUGAGAACUUGUACUGUGUGAUAUCUGGAGAGAAACAUUUUCUACUGCAUCCACCGAGUGACCGUCCCUUCAUCCCAUAUGAGCUCUAUCAGCCAGCAACCUACCGGGUAUCAGAAGAUGGCUCAUUUGAAAUUGUGGAUGAGAAGAGUGAGGAAAAGGUGCCCUGGAUACCCUUGGACCCCUUGAAUCCCAAUCUGGAACAGUACCCAGAGUAUGCUCAGGCAAAACCUUUGCAGUGUACAGUGAAAGCUGGUGAGAUGUUAUACCUGCCUUCUCUCUGGUUCCAUCAUGUUCAGCAAUCACAUGGCUGUAUAGCAGUGAAUUAUUGGUAUGACAUGGAAUACGACCUUAAGUACAGCUACUAUCAACUCCUAGACUGUCUCACAAAAGCAGUGAAUGUGUUAUAGCAGAGGUGGGGGACUCAACCUCCUGAUUUUUCUCUCUGGUGUGGUACAAUCAAUCAUCAGCAUCUGUGACUGGAGUACAAACAUGAUUUAAAUGAAAAGAACUGAACAUGAAAUUAUCCUCAACAAUGUCUGUCAAAUGAAUCACAGAUAUUUUGCUUGAUUCAGAGUCCAGAUCAAUUGGCCAGGUUUUUUGGCUUGUAAGUAGAAGGUUUGACAAUAGCAUUUUUAGGUCUUUGCAUGUUGCCUCGGUGAUGGUGAGCAAAGUAAAGUUUGAAGGGAGGGAAUCCAGGUUUUGGAAAUCCCCAAAGAGAAGCCAUGACUGUUUGUUUAGAUCUACAGACUCUUUUCAUAACAACCCAAGUGACAAGGAGGAAUUUGCUCUGCCAUCCGCCUGUGCAUCAGGCUGUGCAUCAGGCUGCAUCAGUCCAACACAUGCAUUCCACUUAAGGAAUUAAGCGAUGCAUUCCUGUCCAGCUGUAAUUAACUAAGUUCAGUGGCUGUGGUGUUUUGACGGUGAGAAAUUACAACUUCUGCAAUAAAAGGUCAGUUUAAAAGCUUA